AUGAGCAAACAGACGAGAACUUUUAGGAAACAUCGUAUAAGCUGGCACGAAUGUGAGCGAAUCAGAAAAGCUUUGUGUGCAAUUGCGUGUAGUCAUCAUGGUCGCACGCCAAUCAGCGAUCGCAUCAUCGCUGCGGGCAUUUGCGACGAAGUUUCGAAACCACGCAUCGACGCAAGCGCUACGCAGCGCUUUAGCGUCGGCGAUGAGGAAGCACCACUGAUGCCUAUACCCUAUAGAGAAAGAAGCGAUAGCGAACGUCAUCCGGCUCGGCCAGCCUAUCGAUUGGCGGCUUCGUCGACGCAGCACGGCUUCGUCGGCACAGAAGCGUUAGCGGCGCAGGUGUGCUGCGAUCCGCGGCCGGAUGCUGCGCCCUAUCGCAGCUGCGUAUCUCCGACGACGGCAACCGCGCACGGCUCUGAUCUACCCGUCGGCACUGUCUACGGUGACGUGACUCCCGUGUUUUGGCCAUUUCCAGACGAAUACAUGCCUCUCUUCCAAACAGCAGCAGAAUUUCCUCCCUGA